UUAAUUAUCAACUACGGAACUGUCUGCGGUUAAUCUCUGUGAUAUAUAUAGCUUAAUUACAAGGCAGCGGGGACACACUUGAAGCAGACGUGGAUAACAUCUCCCUCCAAGCACCAAGAUGAAGGUCCUCGUCCUCAUUCUCCUUCCCCUGGUUUUGUCAGCGGCCAUUGAAAAAAAAGACGACCUCCACUUCGAUUCUUUACCUCCAGAACCCAAACCCAGAUUCGCCAUGCUGGACGAUGUCCGCAUAUUAGCCAACGGUCUCCUACAGCUCGGGCACGGCCUGAAAGAUUUCGUCCAGAAGACGAAAAGCCAGAUCAACGAGAUUUUUCAGAAGCUCACCGUUUUCGACAAGUCCUUUUACGACCUCUCGGAACAGACCAAUGAGAUCAGGGAACAGGAGGAGGAACUGAAAGUGAAAACCUCAAGGCUCCAGGAGAACAACGAGGAGCUCAAAAACUUGUCGAAUAAAAUCUAUUUCCAGAUAGAACAUCUCGCAGAAGAUAAAGCCCAGCUUCAAGCCAAAAUCGUGAGGUUGGAGGAGAAGCUGAAUCAGAUAACCGAGAGCCAACCAGAUGGGCAAAGCCACAAAGAAAUAGCUACACUGAAAAAUUAUGUGGAGCAGCAAGACCAUAACAUCCAACGGCUCCUGAAGGUGGUACAAGAUCAGAACGUCCAACUGGAUCACCAAAAUGAGCAAAUAAAAGACCUCGAGGAGAAGCUCAGCAAUUCCAGCCUUUACGAGAGUGUCAAAAGUUCACCUGCCAGUCACAAACUGGAUACCCCCAAGUCUUCAUAUUCCAACCAGUCAGCAGACCAGACACCUAAGCCAAACGAUCACCCACGAGACUGCAAUGAUGUCUACAAUAUGGGGGAGAAGAUGAGUGGAAUCUAUACCAUCAGACCCACCAACGGCACAGAAUUCAGAGUCUACUGUGAAAUUACUCCAGAUGUGGCAUGGACGGUGAUCCAGAGAAGAGCAGAUGGCUCCGUGGAUUUUAACCAGACUUGGGAAGAUUACAGCAACGGUUUCGGUGACCUCGGCGGAGAAUUUUGGCUAGGGCUGAAGAAUAUCUACUCCCUGAGUCAGCAAGCAGAUUACAUUCUGCACAUCGAGCUCCAGGACUGGAAGUACAACACUCGGUUUGUGGAGUACUUGUUUACGCUCUGGAACCAAGAUACGAGUUACACAAUUCAAGUCUCCCAGGUUCUUGGGAACAUUCCCAGUGCUCUACCUGAAUACACACCACUCCUAUUCUCUACCAGCGAUCACCACCCGCAGCACCUCAAAUGUCCCUCCGAAUCAUCAUCAGGGGGGUGGUGGAAAGCUACCUGCGGCGGAACCAAUCUGAACGGAAAAUACGUGAAACCGAGGUCUAGAGCGAGAGCGGACAAGAAGAGAGGCCAUGGGUUGUUCUGGAAACCCGAGAAGGCCAGGAUCUACUCCCUGAGGUCCACAAAGAUGAUGCUGUACCGUACUGACCUGGAGAACUUCAACUAGCACAG